UGUUCAUGAAGCCAUGAGAAUUUAUGAAGAACAUUUACCUACCAAUGAAGAUUUAGGUUCAUCAAUCAUUAAAUUCAGAGAUCCUUAUUUAAUUUCAGGUGCUAAAGUAUUGAGUGGUUUGGGUCAUGCAGUUGUUACUGCUGUUGGUGUUCAUUCUAUCCAUGGUAGAACUAUGUUAAGUUUAAGACAUGAAGCUGAAACUACUCCUUUACAAGAACGUUUAGAUAAUUUGGCUGAAGGUAUUUCUAAAUAUGGUUUCUUGGCGGCAUUAUUAUUAUUUAUAAUUUUAUUCAUUAGAUUCUGUGUUAGUAUAACUGGUCAUAGACAAUUCUCAAGUUUAUUACCAGCUGCUAAAGGUAAGAAAUUCUUAGAUAUUUUAAUUACAGCAAUUACAAUUGUUGUUGUUGCUGUACCUGAAGGUUUACCAUUAGCAGUAACUUUAGCGUUAGCCUUUGCUACUACCAGAAUGGCACAAAAUGGUAAUUUGGUUAGAGUAUUAAAAUCUUGUGAAACAAUGGGAGGUGCAACUGCUAUUUGUUCUGAUAAAACAGGUACUUUAACUGAAAAUAGAAUGAGAAUUGUUAAAGGAUUCUUUGGUUUAGAUUCUGAUAAUGAAACUCCACUUGAAUUUGAUGAUACAGCUAGUAGUGUUGGACCAUCAUCAAUCGAUAUAAUCAAUAAGAUUGCAAAUGAUUUAAAAGUAUUUGUUUGUACUAAUAUUACUUUAAAUUCAACUGCUUUCGAAAAUGGUGAUUAUGAUCCAGUAAAAGCUGAGGCUGCAAAACAAAGACCAAAAACAAAAACCUUUUUGCAACAAUUAUUUACUUCAACUGAAUCUCAACAAGCAGAAAUUAAAAUGGGUCAAGUAUCUGAACCUUAUUUAGGUAAUAGAACUGAAUCAGCUUUAUUAAUCUUAGCAUCUCAAAAAUUUAAUUUAUUUGCUAAUAAGAAUUUAGAACAACAUCGUCAAGAUAGUGAAGAUGAAAUUGCACAAGUUAUUCCUUUUGAAAGUUCAAGAAAAUGGGCUGGAGUUGUAAUGAAGAUAAAUAACGGUUAUAGAUUAUACAUUAAAGGUGCUGCUGAAAUCAUUUUCAAAAAUUGUGGUUAUGAAUAUAAUAGUAAUGGUGAACUUAUUUCAUUAGAUAGAAACUUACGUGAUAUAACUUUAAGUAAGAUUGACGAAUAUGCAAAUGAUGCUUUAAGAGCUAUCGCUUUGGGUCAUCGUGAUUUUGUUGGAAUUCAAAGUUGGCCUCCUGCAGAACUUGCUAAUGCUGAAAAUCCCCAAGAAGCAGAUGCAAAUCUAUUAAUUAAUGUUGCUUCUACAAGUUCUGCCACUACACCAAAAUCAUUAACUCUUGAUGCAUUAGUUGGUAUUCAAGAUCCUGUUAAGGAAGGUGUUGCCGAAGCUGUAUUAAAAUGUAAAACUGCCGGUGUAACUGUUAGAAUGGUCACUGGUGAUAAUUUAAUUACUGCCAAAGCUAUUUCAAAAAGUUGUAAUAUCUUAACUCCUGAUGAUUUAUCUAGUGAAUAUGCAUUUAUGGAAGGUCCAACAUUCCGGAAAUUAUCUGUUGCUGAAAGAACUAGAAUAGUUCCUGAAUUAAAAGUUUUGGCUAGAUCAUCACCAGAAGAUAAACGUAUCUUAGUUGAUACUUUAAGAAAAUCUGGUGAAGUUGUCGCAGUUACUGGUGAUGGUACCAAUGAUGCACCUGCUUUGAAAUUAGCUGAUGUUGGAUUUUCAAUGGGUAUUGCAGGUACUGAAGUUGCCAGAGAAGCUUCUGAUAUUAUUUUAAUGACUGAUGAUUUUACUGAUAUUGUUCAAGCUAUUAAAUGGGGUAGAACUGUUGCAACAUCCAUUAAGAAAUUUAUUCAAUUUCAAUUGACAGUUAAUAUCACUGCAUGUGUUCUUACUUUUGUUUCUGCUGUUGCAUCAUCUGAUAAUCAAUCUGUUUUGACUGCAGUUCAAUUAUUAUGGGUUAAUUUGAUUAUGGAUACUUUAGCAGCAUUAGCAUUAGCUACUGAUAAGCCAGAUGAGAGUUUAUUGAAUAGAAAACCUGCUGGAAGAAGAACUGCAUUGAUUUCAACUUCAAUGUGGAAAAUGAUCUUAGGUCAAGCAGCUACCCAAUUAACAAUUACUUUUGUAUUACAUUUUGCAGGUCGUCAAAUUUUCUACGGUAAUACUGAAAUAUCUAGUCAUCAAAGUAAACAAUUAGAUGCUAUGACAUUUAAUACUUUUGUUUGGUUACAAUUUUGGAAAUUAUUUGUUACUAGAAAAUUAGAUGAAGCUGAUGAAGUUACUACUGUUAGAGGUAGACUUACUAGAGAAAAUUUGGAUUUUUUCCAAAAUUUAACUAGAAAUUGGUAUUUCAUUACUAUUACUACUCUUAUUGGAGCUUGUCAAGUUCUAAUUAUGUUUGUUGGAGGAGCAUCUUUCAGUAUUGUUAGACAAACUGGCGGACAAUGGGCUACUGCUAUUAUUGGUGGAUUCUUGAGUAUUCCAGCUGGUUUAAUAAUUAGAAGUAUUCCAAAUUGGUGGGUGGAAAGAAUCUUCCCAACCAGAUUAUUUAAUACUUUUAUAUAUUAUGCUGGAUUUAAUUUUUUAAGCUCAAAGAAGAGAGAAAACCGUAAUAAUGAUGUUGAAAAAAAUGGACAAGUUGUUGAAGAUGAAUCUUAUUCAGAAAAAGGAAAUAAUAAUUAAAUUUUAUAUAGAAAUAAUAGUUAAAAUUUUAUAUAAUUAGACGGACUGAUAUAUUAAUAUAAUACAUAUAUUUAUUGCAUUUGAAGCGCGGUAAUUUGUGCAGAUCAAAAUUUUGCAGCUUUCCUUGAG